GCACCAGGCUUCUGCCCCAUGGUGCUUUGGCUGCCAUCGCACUCGCGCUCUGCGUGGUCGGAAGGCUAACCGAUGCCGGCGGAAGCUUGCUGUCAGUCUUCGUGCCCUCGCCACCAGUGCGCUCGGUUCGCUCCGUGCGUUCUGCGGGUACGAUUCGCUGUCGAGUAGGCGUCAAGCGCAAGGCUCAAGAGAAAGAGGGCGAAGCAGCAGAGGAAGAAGAAGAAGAAGAUGAGGAGGACGUAGACGAUCUGGACGAGAUCGUAAUGGACACCGAUGACGACGACGAUGAUUUUGAGGCAGAUGAAAAGGGUGCAUUUGAGGAUGACGACGAGGAAGAUGACGAUGUUCUCUACGAAGAGGAUGAGCUGGACGACACCUACUUCACAAGGGACGAGGAUGGGGAGGUACUGGAAGCCAAGUGCAGGGCGCGCUACUUGAAGGGCUCACCCUGGAAAUUUCGCCGAGUCCUUUGGCAAAUCCGCGGGAGGCCAUACCGCGAAGCUUUGAUGCUGUUGGAGUUCAUGCCUUGGCGAGCGUGCAGACCGACCUUGGUCGCCCUGCAGUCUGCAGCUGCGAACGCUCAGAAUCAGUUCAACAUGGACAAGUCGCGGCUCUACGUCCACAGCUGCAAGGCCGAUCGUGGGCCCUACUCCAAGCGCAUGCGGCCUGUUUCAAAGGGUCAGGGUCAUCCGUACCGACGGCGGCAGACACACUUGGAGAUCAUCCUGCGAGAAAUGUCAGACGAGAUGAUGAUGAAGAGUGAAGAGUUCGCCUGA